CUGGGGGAUCCAGCGCCAGCGGCCUCCCCGCCUGGCGGGGGACGGCUGCGCUCGGAGCGGUCAGCGCGGCGGCGGAGCGCCCACCUGAGCCCCCAGCGGUGCAGACCCCCUAACGCGGCGGCUCCGCAGCCCCGGCAGUGAGCGCGCAGCGGGCGCGGGGCGGGGCCGGCGGACGCCAUCGCGUCGCUACGGGUAGGCGGCGGCGGCGGCGGCCUGCUCAGGACGGCCGCGGCGUCCUCGCCGCUCUCCGCUCGCCCACGGCCGCCGGGCCCUCGGCUGGUCCCCCGCCUGGUGCCCCGCGGCGGCGCGCGCGGCCAGGUUGGGCGGGGCGGUUCCGGGGAUGAGGAGGCGGCGGCGCGCCGAGACGAUGCUCGGGAGCUGAAGAGACGCCGGCACAAGGCGCGGCGGCCGAGCGCAGCGCCGACCCGCGGGAUGGCUCAGCCGGCGGGCGGCGGGGAGCCCCGGGCGGAGCCGGCGGGGGGCGAGGGGCCGCCGGACCCCGGGGCGGCGGGCGGCCCGCCGGACGCGCUGAGCUUGGAGGAGAUACUGAGGCUCUACAACCAGCCCAUCAACGAGGAGCAGGCGUGGGCCGUGUGCUACCAGUGCUGCGGCUCCCUGCGCGCCGCGGACGCCGGCCGCCGCCAGCCCCGCCGCCGCGUGCGCUCAGCCGCUCAGAUCCGUGUCUGGAGGGACGGCACCGUCACCCUGGCGCCCGACGACGCGGGAGAACCGCCCCCCGCUGCGGGUAAAUUGGGAUAUGCACAUUGUACAGAAACAGAGGUUAUCGAAUCUUUGGGAAUUGUUAUUUAUAAAGCACUGGACUAUGGUUUGAAGGAGAAUGAAGAAAGGGAGUUAAGCCCCCCCCUAGAGCAGCUCAUUGAUCACAUGGCCAACACGGUCGAAGCUGAUGGCAGCAACGAUGAAGGCUAUGAGGCUGCCGAUGAAGGCCUGGAAGAUGAAGAAGAUGAAAAGAGAAAAGUCUCAGCUAUCCGGUCAUAUAGAGAUGUCAUGAAGUUAUGUGCUGCUCAUCUCCCAACUGAAUCAGAGGCACCAAAUCAUUAUCAGGCAGUAUGUCGUGCACUGUUUGCAGAAACAAUGGAGCUGCAUACAUUUCUGACUAAAAUUAAGAGUGCAAAGGAGAAUCUUAAGAAGAUUCAAGAAAUGGAAAAGAGUGAUGAAUCUAACACAGACCUGGAAGACCUGAAAAAUGCUGACUGGGCCCGAUUCUGGGUACAGGUGAUGAGGGAUUUGCGGAAUGGAGUAAAACUUAAGAAGGUCCAAGAACGUCAGUACAACCCCUUGCCCAUUGAAUAUCAGCUCACCCCAUAUGAGAUGCUAAUGGAUGACAUUCGAUGUAAAAGAUACACUUUGCGAAAAGUCAUGGUGAAUGGUGAUAUUCCCCCUCGGUUAAAAAAAAGUGCUCAUGAAAUCAUCCUGGACUUCAUCAGAUCAAGACCUCCUUUAAAUCCGGUCUCAGCCAGAAAACUGAAACCCACUCCACCACGGCCACGGAGCCUUCAUGAAAGAAUAUUAGAAGAAAUCAAAGCAGAAAGAAAGCUGCGGCCUGUCUCACCAGAGGAAAUUAGACGGGGCAGAUUAGAUGUAACUACUCCUGAAUCUCCAAAGAACGUUGUGGAAUCAUCAGUGGUGAAUGGAGGUUUAACAUCACAAACAAAAGAGAAUGGGUUGCAUGCUGCACAGCAGGUGCCUGUGCAGCGGAAGAAGCUCCUCAAAGCCCCAACUCUGGCUGAGCUGGACAGCUCGGACUCUGAGGAGGAAACUCUGCACAGGUCAGCCAGCAGCAGCAGUGUGUCUCCCUCUUUCCUUGAAGAUCCCUCAGCAGACGCUGUGUCCACAAGGAAGAAGCCUCCAAAAUUCUUGCCCAUCUCAUCAACACCCCAGCCAGAGAGACGGCAGCCACCCCAGAGACGACAUUCCAUUGAAAAGGAAACCCCCACUAAUGUAAGACAGUUUCUGCCACCCUCCAAGCAGAGCUCCCGAUCUCUUGUUCCUAGGAUAACCAGUGUAUGGCCAAGGACGCCUUUCCGACCACUUUUUUCUACCAUACAAACAGCUUCUCUGCUCAGCUCCCAUCCUUUUGAAGCAGCCAUGUUUGGGGUAGCAGGGGCUAUGUAUUAUCUGUGUGAGAGAGCUUUUACCAGCAGGUGGAAAUCCCCAAAGGAGGAAUUCUGCUAUCCAGUGGAAUGCCUCGCUCUUACUGUGGAGGAAGUGAUGCAUAUUCGUCAGGUCCUGGUGAAGGCAGAGCUGGAAAAAUACCAACAGUAUAAAGAUGUCUACACCGCCCUGAAAAAAGGAAAGCUCUGCUUUUGUUGCCGAACCAGGAGAUUUUCCUUCUUCACCUGGUCUUAUACCUGUCAGUUCUGUAAGAGGCCCGUGUGUUCACAGUGUUGUAAAAAGAUGCGGCUGCCCUCUAAACCAUACUCCACUCUUCCCAUCUUUUCUUUGGGACCUUCUACCUUGCAAAGAGGGGAAAGUUGCUUGAGGUCAGAAAAACCCCCCACUGGCCACCAUCGGCCACUCCGGAGCAUUGCCAGGUUCUCCUCAAAAUCUAAGUCUGUGGACAAAUCAGAUGAAGAACUACAGUUUCCCAAAGAGUUGAUGGAGGACUGGAGUACUAUGGAGGUGUGCGUAGACUGCAAAAAGUUCAUUUCGGAAAUCAUCAGUUCGAGCCGGCGCAGCCUGGUGUUGGCCAACAAAAGAGCACGAUUAAAAAGGAAAACACAGUCAUUCUAUAUGUCCUCACCGGGCCCCUCGGAAUACUGCCCUUCAGAAAGGACUAUCAAUGAAAUCUGAGCCUGUGCCUUUCGGUUGCUUUGUGUUCAGAGUCGGCACGAGCAUGGGAGAAACACUGAGCUGCACUGUCUCCUUGCUGCGGUCUUAGCUAAUAGGCUUGAAUUCUCAUUAGAUCAGGUUUUUGCUGCAUCACGUUGUUCCACAGACUGAAUGCUGUGUUCAUAUCGAUUGAUGGUACGUGACAGGUCAGCCAAUUGCUCAUUUGCACUGAGAGAGAACAAUAGUUUGAAACUUGCCUGUGUGUGUGUGUGUGUGUGUGUGUGUGUGUGUGUGUGUGUGUGGAUUUGGAGGCCAGAAACUUUUUCCUUAGUUCAAUUCCUUACCGUUCCCUCAGACAAUUUCCGGACUAAGGCAAAAAGCUUCUCACGUGAGAAAUCAGCCUCACAAAGGCGUCGAUGUUAGCACAGUUCUAAGCAGUAAGUCAUAUUGGCACUUCCACCUGACAGUGUUCCUAUCUAAUGUACAUAGUGACCAGGCCCUGCCACGCACCAGGUACCUGGAGGCGGGGCCAGGCUGCUCAUCAUCUCACGGCACAAAACCUGGAAGGGUUUGCUCAUACUGUCAAACUGAUCAUAAAUUAUUGUUGCUCUGAGAUAAAGACUCCGGGAGGGACUUCACACCUGCAUUCUAGUGCAACACAUCUGGAUAAACCGCACACCCAAGUGGGUGACCGUCUCCUCUUAGCUGCUGUGUUUGCCCCAGUGCAAUGGAUCAGUGUCUUCUGAGCGGGUGACAGGUUUUCAUUCCCUAUCUUGAAUGUAUUAUGGCUACUUGUAGUUUUGCAACAGAGGUCUAAGAAUUAAAGUUUCGUGGGAGUUUCGGGACAAAGGAAGGCUAAAAGUCUGUCAAGAAGUUGAGUGUAUUUUGGGUAACUCUGAGGAGGGUUGUGACCGCAUAGGGUGCCAGCUGUUGCCGCGCCCCAGGGACUGAGCUGGAGCUCUUCCGUUUUCAACUACAUUUUUCAUAACUUUGUAGUCUUAGCCAUCACGACUAAAUUAAGCCACAAUUUGGUAUCUAAGGUCUCAAGCUGAAAUUAACUUAUUUUUAUAAAUGAAUUUUAAGGGGAAAAAACAUUGUCUAGUUCUUUGAAAAUUACAAGAAAAUUAACCUGCCAGUAGGCUUUUUGGAUGUUUUUUUGCACAAGUUUUCCUUGUAAACGACUGGAGUGAGUAGGGUGGGUUUUUGAUGAAGGUAGGUUGGAGGGUGGCAUUAUAUACCUGAAAUUUCUCCACUUGUUUGUCCCAUUCCAGGAGCUAUACUUUAUUAUUUUAGUAUGCUUACAAAUGACCAAUCAGAUUGCCAUUGAUGCUUGGAAAAUCAGUGAACGCACAUAUGCUAUAAUUUCCAGAAAGCUAUAGGACACGCCUGUAGUCAGCACUGCAACAGCACCAUUACGUAAGAGGCACGGCAGUCACAUUUCAUACCACAGCAGAGUAGAGUAACAUUUCUAUAUUAGAUUAACAGUAAUACCUCAGAACUGCUCUGGUAGUAGUUUUUAAUGGAUUGAAAUUUACAAUUUAGUAAAUGGCUUAAAAUUACUUAUACUUACGAAAUAAACUUUACCAAUUGACUAAAA